AUGGCGGCAACGGCGGCGGCCGCCGCGGCUUCGGCCUCUCGCAGGCGGAGUCGGCCGCCGGGCGGGGACGCGAGGGGCCGAGGCGCGGCCCGACCGGAGGGGGCGGCCCCUGGGGAGGGGGCCGCGGCGGGCGAGCCCCGGCAGGCCGGUGCCCGGGCCGGUGCGAAGCGGUGCGGCCCGCCCGCCCCCGCCCGGCCCCCCAGCCGCCCCGGCCGGCCCGGAUCGGAACGGUCAACGCCCCGGGACGUGCGGAUGCGGGCGGCCGACGUGCGGCCAGGAGCCCGGAAGGCAAGAAUCAUUAUCAUCCCCAUCCUAAAGGCUCGGCGCUAUGAACAUUUGGGGCUGGAUCGUUCUUCACGGCGGGCAGCUGUGGUGCACGCUGUACGAUGCCGCUUCCCCGGGGGCUGGAGCAAACACAGCCGGCUUUAUCAGACUGUCAGGGAACACGCAGACCCACAGGAGGGAAUAAGUUGCAACCUGUUUCAAGUCGUGUUUCUGGAGCCAAUUUCGUGGCAUGAGGCAUGCCUGUAGUAAGAUGCCAAGCACCAAAAGCAGGCAACAAAAUUGUUCUUAAGUGGUCCCAAUUUUGUACCUACCCAUGGCGCUAUUUCUUUGGGGGGAACUCUCGGGAAGCUCCGUCUGGAAACUCUGUCUCAGAAUGGCACCGGCCAGGAGAGCACUCCCAAACCUCAUUUUUAAUAGACAUGAGACGCCAACAUAAUGGAACACACACUCCAUCCCAAUGGCAUUUAAUGUACUGGUCAAAUAAAAUGUGCUAUU